UGAACGUUCAAUCGCAGUGAGUAGGUUGGCAUGAUGAAAGUGGUGGUGGUUUGACAAUCGCGUGUUCUUUCAGCGUUUCAGAAGUUGCAAUUUUUCAGCGCCUGGACUUUCUCCGCGGAUAAUCCUCCCAUCUGUCCAGAAUGGAGAAGAGACUACGGUUCAUCCGGCUGGCCAGUUUCGUGAUUGUGCUAGGAAUUAGCAGUUUGACGGAUGCAAUGGGCCAAUUGCAGGGGCGACGCGCCAAGUGCGCUCAAGAGGGCCAGCCGAUCGCCGUGGACCACAUUGACAAAUCGAAGUGUUACUCUUGCAUUUGCCAGAACGGCCUCGUGGAGUGUAAACGCGAAUAUUGCCCUCCAACCGAGGGCUGCCACAUGUUGGUUGAGAAAACCGAGGAUGGAUGUUGCCGCAAGUGCAAAGGAUGUAUCUACAACCAAGUACAUCACUCAAGUCACACGGAAUGGACUGAUCCUGAUAACCCUUGCAAAGUCCUGCGGUGCGAAGCCGGGAUUAUCACAGUAUCGGAUUUGCAAUGCUACACCCCUUGUGUUAAUCCUUUGCCACCGGAGCCCGGAAAAUGCUGCAGGACUUGUCCGGAAUGUAAGAUAAACGGCCAGGAGGCCACCGACGACCGCGACGUGAUCUCGGACGACCCCUGUUUGAAGUGUCGCUGCCACAAGGGCCGAAUGACAUGUGCGAAGAAAGCCUGUCCUGUCCUCCAAUGCUCCCCCACAAGCCAGGUGUACCCCCCUGGCGAGUGUUGUCCCGUCUGCCGCGGCACCCGCGUCCUCAUGAACGUCCCGAAGAGCUGCAGAGUGCAAACCUCUUUCAUCUGGGAGGACCACAAGUUCAACAUCGACAAAUGCACAAACUGCACUUGCAUCAACGAGACUUCGAUCUGUCAACGCGCAGCAUGUCCGGUGUUAGACUGCGCACCGGAUCUGCAGAAGUCGGUCCCCGGAAGCUGCUGCAAGCAAUGCAUCAUCCCGCAAGAGGUGAGGAUGGAGUGCCGCUUUGGGGAUCACUAUUAUGAGGAUGGCCAGUCGUGGAAACUUGAUGCUUGUAGGUCGUGUAAGUGUCACAGAGGAAGGCCGAGUUGUGCCAUGACGAGGUGCAAUGUCACGCUGCCGUGUGCUCCGGGGACCAAGUUGGUGCAUCUGCCGGGGGAGUGCUGCGAUAAGUGUGUUGAAGUUGAGGGCGUGUGCAUGGUGUUCGGCGACCCCCACUACAAAACCUUCGACGGCAAGAUCUACACCUUCCAGGGCAUCGGCAAAUACCUCCUGGUCUCCGACACGAAAACCCAGAGCUUCUCAAUCCGCGUCGCCAACGACUUCUUCAACAAAACCUUCAAGAACGCAAUCAUAACAAAACGCGUGGCAAUCCGCUACGAAGACUUCCGCUUCAACCUCCAACAAAAAGGCCGCGUCAAGCUCAACCGCAAGAAACUAACCCUCCCUUACAAGAAAGAGGGCAAAGUGAGCAUCGAGAAGCGCAACGGAAACGUCGAAGUGACCUUCCAAAACGGCGUGAAAAUCUUCUGGAACGGCAAAAGCUUCCUCGAGGUGACCGUCCCCGCCGUCUUCAAGAACAAACUCUCCGGCCUUUGCGGUAACUUCAACGGCAACGUCCAAGACGAGUUCAAAACGCGGAAAGGCCACGUCUUCAAAGACAGCGAGGUGUUGGCCUUCGGGGCCGCCUGGUGCGCCGGCUCGCGGGCCUCCUGCAUGUCCUCGCAUAGGAGCAGCAGACAGCUGGCCCGGAUGUCGGUUUGCACCAACCACCAGAAGAACCAGAAGAAUCGCUGCAAGUAUCUCAACAAGUCGGAGUUUUUCGGCGAAUGCGAGUCCAAACUGAACUACUUCAAGUACUACAAGACGUGCAAGAUGGACAUGUGCAAGUGCCCCACUGGGAGAUGCUACUGUGAUAGUCUGAUGGCCUAUGCCCGCGAAUGCGAGAAAUUGGGCGUGAAAGUGGCCCAAAACUGGAAGAUCGACAGUCUUUGCCACGAGGAGACCACGAGGCCCAAAAUGACCAGUCGGAGGCCGGUUUUCACCCACGUGGACAUCGAGAGGUACAAGAGACAGAAGAAUUUGACCAAGACGAGGAGUCCGAUUUUGAUACACUAGGGGUGCGGGGGGUCAGCUAGUCAACUUCAGUAUUCGCCGGCGCUUGUAGCUAAAUGUAAAUAAUUUCUUGAGUAUUAUUAUUGAGUGUUUGCACUCAGCAAUAGACGUCUAACUGUUAUUGUACUGUACCAAAGAGAAUUCAUGUAUUUUGCUUGAAGGUCCCAUGUUUUACAAUUGUUUUUCCUUAAACAAUUUCUUUGUAUAUACGUUUUAGUAUUCUAGUUAGAAACAAGAUCUCCGUUGUGUAAUAUAGUGCGUAAUUCUAAUGUAAAAAUUAUUGUUCCUAAAUGUUUUACCCACUUUAGCUUACAGUUAUAUUGAUGGGCGCCGACUUUUCUUAUUUUCAAUUGGUGCAUAAACAAAAAAUUGAUAUAAUUUGCAGGACUUGAGAACAAAAACAAAAGACUUGAGAAAAAAGGAUUUCUUCUUUCCUGUGUUUGUUGAAUUUAUUGUAUUUAAUAUUUAGAAAAUUUAAAAAUAAUAUAAUUUUUUGUAAAGUACAAAAGAAGAAAAUCAAUAAAUAACAUAUGCAAUAAAAAUUUAAUGAAAAUAGUACAAAGUUGCAAAAUGAUUCAAGUUGUUGAGUUUUAAAAAAUAAUACACUAGUGUUAAAUUUGAAAAAAAAAUCAAUUUAAAAAAAAUUACUUUUUGAAAAGUUGCAUGAAUGUUCGUAAAUCUAGUGCUGAACACAGCUUGAGGGGUAUCAACUUUUCGAGAUUAAUUUGAGUAAAAGUACGGUAUGCAAAAGCUAAAUAAAUGGUCAGUAUUGGUUUUUGAUAUUUUACAUUUUCAAUUUUUUUUUUUAAUUUUUUCGAAGAUCUUUUUUCAAAUUUAACAUGCAAAAUUGUGGAAAAAGGUGAAAAAAAAUGCUUUUUUCAUUUUGAUGAAGAGUACACAAUGUUCAGAAACAAUUAACUUCUUUAAUUUUUUUGUAAGACUGAAAAUCGGUCCGAGAAAACAGUUUAGAGCUAUUGGUCGUACAUUAGGCUAUAAAAAAACGUAAUGACACUAUCAAUAUUCGUGAAUACGCGGUAGAUUUACUACAACAAAAAAAGUUCUUUUCUCUUUUCUUUAAAUCAAUGUUGCAAGCAAUAUUUUUUUUCAAAAACUCGUAAAAAUUUCUUGCAGAAAAUUUAUUUCAGUUUUUGAAACUGUUCUUACGUUGUCUAUGCGGUCAUUGGUUGCUGAAAUAUCAAUGAUCAAAAACAAAAAAUUUCUUUUUCAUGGAAAGUCAAAUAUUUCAGCGAUAAAUGGACGUAAAGAGGACAUAAAAAAAUCAAAUUAAAGCUGAAAAACAAGCUAUUCGGCUCAUGUAUAUUUAAUUAAUAAAAAAUUUUCCAAGUCCGUGGACCAAAAAAAAAGAAUAAAAAAAUACGAUGUAUUUCGGGCGCUAUUUCUUAGGAUUACGUAAUAACCGUAGCUCAAAAAAAUUUUUUUUAUAAGAUUUCAAGACUAGAAACUUGAAGCUUUUAAUCUAAAUACGACCAUUUUUUAUCGAGGUACAAUAUUUCAAAAAACAUCAAAUUUAAGAAAUUUUUUUGCUCUCUAAAUUUUUUGGAAUAGUAUUUGUCAUUUUGAAGUUUUUGAGAUUAUAAGAAAUCUUUUUUACGAAAUAAAAUAGAAUGACAUAAACGAUGAAUUGGAUCCCUUUUCUUGAAAGGGAAAAUGGAAAAAUAGAAAAUUUAAGACAUCUUUGACAUUAAAAGUGAUUUUAAAAAAUGCAACGUUACUAAAAAAAGAUUAGAAGAAAUACGAAAUUCCAAAUAUUUUUAUAUUCCAAUUU